AUGGAUCAUUCAUACGACCUAGGGCUGGAAGCCCGAAGUGAACCCAAGCGUGCUGUGUCCCGUUCAAUGCGUGUGGUCAAGCAAGAGUGCAAUGUGGGCAUGCCUGAUGGGGAAAAGACCCUAAAGCCGAGGAAAAGAGCCCUGGUUGCAUGCAACCGAUGCCGGAAGAGAAAGAUCAAGUGUAAUGGUGAUUUGAACAACGGUCUUGCCUGCUCAAGUUGCCUUUCCGUGGGAGCCAACGAGUGCCACUAUUCGAGGGUCAACUCCCUAUCCCCCGAAGAGGCUGCCAGAUGCAUCAUCGUAGGCAAAAAGGGGAGAUCAAACCCUCUGUCCAUGGGCUCGCCUCAUUCACCUCAAAUGAGAACUCCAUACCAGCGGGAAGAAUACGGCAUGGAACAAUCAAGCUUUUCUCGACAAUCCGCUGGCAUGGAUCCUCUCAUGGCCUACGACGAGCAAUCAGUCCCCUACCAAUCAAGCUACAUGCUCCCCAGCAACGUCGACUACACCUGGGCUAACCGCUGGGACCCAGCCCUAAGACCCACCGGCGACUUGUUUGAAGACAGCAUCAACCAAUAUAAUUUCAUCAUCCCGGGCCAAGUUCCCUCAACCCUUCCCUCAUCCAUGCCCGAGCAACCAUCUACAGUCUUCCCAGAGGUAGACCGCACCCUGCCCACACCGCGCAGCCAGCCAGAAGUCUCGGACCAGAAAGCCUUCUAUGGUCGCGACAGAAUGCCCACUGCCUACAACCCCCGCGUCAAGUCUGACGACGCAGAGAUGGUCUUCGGCUACAUCCCUAUGUCCACAGCCGAUGAUGCGGUUCCCGUCCCCACCACUGUGUCCUCGAACUAUGAUCCAGAAAUGGAGUUCAACGCAGACCGUUUGACUCGCACAUACUCUCGCGACACAGCUCAGCGUCUUCUCCCGCUUGAUGCAUACGGGUACAGCAGUGGUCGGAAGACCGAACGCGCACCCACGCUCAUGAACGGUCUUCCAUAUACCCGUGUUCGACCUUCAGACCCUGUGCAAUACAGUUUCCUUCCAGAUGCCCUACCAGAAUAUGGUAGAGAGGUCCAUCGAUCUGCUGUUUCCCCACUGGGGCAUCCUGGCUACUGA